UUCGACACUGCAUAAGGAGAUACGAGAUUGCCGUCUCUUUACUCUCAAUUUAUUGUGUUUUAACAGAUGCAUUUUAAAGCUCUUUUGAUUUCUUAUUGCAUUUGAAAGGUGAACAAAUGAGAAUUAAUUCGUUUAUGUACUUUGUUGGCUUUUAAAUGUUUUUUAUUUUUUAUUUUAUUAAGACAUCUAGUCAACUAAAGUACUCAAGAUAUUUUUUAAAGCGAUCUCAACAAAUUGCAGUGUUUUGUUUGUGCGGGUAAAUGCGAGUUUGCAUUACUGAUAAAUCAAAUCCGAUCAGACAGAGUUCAAAUAUUUUUAAGUUAAAAUAAUGAACCGAAACAUCAUGUCGAAGGAAAACUGUGAUCUCUCCACUUGCAUUGAGUUUAUUAAAGAUCAGCUGUAUUUUGCCGUUUUAAAUCAGAAGUUGAGGAGUUCUCCUGACAGACAUUGUUUUUGCAUUGAUGAUGAGCUCUCCUAUGAAAACUUCUAUGCCGACUUUGGACCGCUCAAUCUGGCAAUGUUUUAUCACUUCUGUUGUAAACUUAACAAGAAACUAAAGUCUUGUGCUCAUUCAAAAAAGAAGAUUGUGUUUUAUACUUGCGGUGACCGAAAGAAACAGGCUAAUGCUGCGUAUCUGAUCGGCUCGUAUGCUGUCAUGUUUCUAAAGAAAACACCAGAAGAAGCGUACAGUCUUCUGCUCUCACAAAAUGCAUCUUAUCUGCCUUUUCGCGAUGCAUCUUUUGGAACCUGCAUGUACAAUCUGAAUAUUCUUGACUGUCUGCGGGCCGUUCACAAGGCACUGGAGUUUGGCUGGCUGGAUUUCUCACAGUUUAAUGUGGAGGAAUAUGAACAUUAUGAAAGGGCAGAAAAUGGAGAUUUUAAUUGGAUCAUCCCAGGGAAGUUUUUGGCCUUCAGUGGUCCUCAUCCAAAGAGCAAAAUUGAGAAUGGAUAUCCUCUUCAUGCUCCUGAAGCGUAUUUUCCAUACUUCAGGAAGCACAACAUCACCACCAUCAUCCGUCUCAACAAGAAAAUGUAUGAUGCCAAGCGUUUCACAGACAUGGGCUUCAGUCACCAUGACCUGUUUUUCAUAGAUGGCAGCACACCCAAUGAUGUCAUCGUCUCAAAGUUCCUGAACGUCUGUGAGAAUGCAGAGGGAGCCAUUGCUGUUCACUGUAAAGCGGGUUUGGGCCGGACCGGAACCCUGAUCGCCUGUUAUAUGAUGAAACACUUCAGACUUACGGCGGCUGAAGCCAUGGCUUGGAUUCGGAUCUGCAGACCCGGUUCAGUCAUUGGACCUCAGCAGAACUUCAUUGAACAAAAGCAGUCCAGUCUCUGGGUGGAGGGCGAUCAGUACCGCCAGAAACUAAAUGAGCUGAAGAACGGCUCCGGUAGGACAGCAGUGUCUGGAAUCCUGUCAGGGGUUGAAGAUAUCUCCAUCAAUGGCACGAACAAGAACAUAUCACAGAAGAAGACUCACACUGAGGAAGAGGAUGAAGACUAUGGUGGUCUAACACAAGGUGACAAACUCCGAGCUCUGAAGAGUAAGAGACAGUCCAGAGCAUCUACAGGUUCAUUAUCGUUGGAAGAAAAUACAAUUCACACCAAAUCAGCAAAGUCAUUAAGUUCAGAGAAAAAGAGAAGAACAAGAGGUUCACUUGGAUCCAGCAGAGCCAGCAGCCUCUUGUUACAGUCCAGACUUACAAAGUCUUUAGGCAGUUUGCACGUAAUGACCUGUGAAAAGGACCAUGUGUUUUCUAAGAUUAAAGCAGCUUCUAUCAUCAACAAUAAUAUCAUGAAGCAGUCAAACGUAAAACCCUUAAACCCAGUGAACAUUCGGCCACGUGCCAUCCAGAGGACUUCCUCUGCUGUUUCAAUGCAGCAGCUGUAUGGUCAGAGUUUAAGUUCCCUGACUUCAACGAUCUCUGUCCAGAAGAAGGAAAUCACAUGACUCAAUGCCAUCGACACGCUUUCAGAGACCAUGUAACUCCAUCUCCAAAGCUCGUGCUCCUCUCCUGCGCUGAAAACUGCUGUGGAUCAGUCAAGACCAGCGUCACCAAACUGCACUAAUAUUAAUCUCUUUGAGUACUUCUCAGUGUGCUUGUUUUGUCUUGAGCGCUUUACUAGGAACAACAUUCAGUUAAACUUUUAAAGACAGCAAAUGUCGAGCAUUUUUAUUUGACAAUGUUUUAUAAUCAGAAGCUAGAUAUGGCUUAAGCACCUGAAGUAUUGUAAAUAUCAUGUGUCAGCAUCCUGCCUCUGCUCUUAUGUUACUAAACCUUUAAAGAUGUUUUUAAUCUACAGUCAUGUGAUCUAAUGUGAACCUCUGUGUGUGAAACAUGACUGAAAGGGUUGUUUUUGUUUUUCUUACUGUAAAUAAUGCAUAUGCCUUUAUUUUGAAUUUAUAUCCUGAUUCACAUAUAUAAUAGGAAAGGAUGUAUAUCAUCAUCAUCAUUUCAAUAAAUCCUUUCUGCCGUCA